ACGCGGCACCGACGCUGAUUCUCCAACCGUCGGUAAAUACAUUUUUAAGUUAUAAUGUUCCAAAACGCUGCGUUUUGUUCGGAGACCAAGUCCAUCGUAGAGACGCUGGUAAAAACCGCCGUCGAUGUUCUCGGAAAUUCCGAGGAAGAAGCGACCGGAACCGAGCGAAGUGCGAACUUUAAGCCAGGUUUUGAUUGCACCGUGGAGAAGUUGGCCUUGGAGGCCACCAGGAAGAUCAACAGCGUUUUCUCCCAGCUGUCUUUGCUGCUGCUCGCCGAAAACUCCACCCUGAGGGUCCGAGUGGGACAGCUGGAGGCCGAGCUGCAGGCGGCCAGGGACGAUUUCCAGAACGCCAAACUGUGGAGGGAAAACGUCCUGAACGGCUGCCCGGUUCUGUUUGAGCGGACCGGGUUGGUCUUCACCCUGAAGCCACUGGGGAGGUUGGCAGUCCCUGAACCCGCAGCCGCCGCUGUCCAGGUGGAGGCUGGACAUGAGGCCGGAGAGGAUCGUUUCCCCGCGAUCGAUGCCGAACCCGAAAACACCGACAGCCAAACCGCCGAGGAAGCCGACAGCGGGAGGAAAGGGAAGCCGUUUCCAUGUCAGAUCUGCAACAAGAGCUUCAGCCGACACUUCCACCUGCUGAAGCACCUGAACUCUCACCGGGAGCCGAGGCCUCUGGCCUGUGACCAGUGUCCCCGGCGCUUCAGGGACCCGGAGACCUUGGAGCACCACCUGCUGCGGCACGAGGAGAGGAAGCACGCCGCCUUCGCCUGCACGCUCUGCCCCAAGACCUUCAAGACCAAGGUACGCUUGAAGACCCACCAGCUCGUGCACUCGGACGCGCGGCCCUUCCUCUGCCCCACCUGCGGGAAGGGCUUCAAGAGCACCCACAACCUCCGGGCCCACCGGGCCGUGCACGGGGCAGAGAGGCCGCACAAAUGCUCGGAGUGCGGAGAGAGUUUCCGCUACGCCGCGGCCCUGCAGUGCCAUCGGAGCAUUCACACCGGCGAGCAGCCGCACACGUGCUCGGUGUGUGGGAAGGUUUUCCCGCGCAGGCGGUCGCUCAGGUCGCACCAGGCCGUGCACGGGGGGAAGGCCUUCACCUGCGAGACCUGCGGGGCCCGUUUCACCUUCCACCAGAACCUGAAGAGGCACCGGCGGAUUCACACGGGGGAGAAACCCUUCCGCUGUCAGGUCUGCGGGAAGAGCUUCGUGCAGGACAACCGGCUGAAGGCGCACAUGCUGCUGCACGGAGCAUCCAAGGGCUUCAUGUGCGACCUGUGCGGGAAGACUUUCCUCUACAACUACCAGCUCAAGAAGCACCAGAAAGUUCCCCACGACGACAAGCCCGAGCAGGUCGUCAGGAGGAGGACUCGAGAGCGAGGCAACCGCAGAGUCGUCUACCGGCGGGACAAGACCGUGACGGACAUGACGCCGUUCAGCUGCAGCACCUGUCGCAAGGGCUUCGACAGCGCCGGCUCGCUGGAGAGACACGAGCUCAUCCACACGGGGAGGACGCGGCACCGCUGCGACACGUGUGGCAAGUCCUUCUUCUACAAGGUCACAUACGAGUACCACCUGCGAGUGCAUUCGGGGGAGAGACCCUUCGGCUGCGACGUCUGCGGUAAGAGGUUCAUCAUCCGUCAGGCGCUCAAGUCGCACCAACUGCAGCACUCCGGGGAGAAGCCUCACCAGUGUAAGCAGUGCGGCACGGCCUUCAGGAUCUACACCAACUACCUGAGACACCAGCGCAUCCACACGGGGGAGAAGCCCUACGAGUGCGAGGUCUGCGGCGCGCGCUUCCGACAGCUGGCGCACGUCAAGUUUCACAUGCAGACCCACACGGGGGAAAGACCCUACUCCUGCAGCAGCUGUGGACUUGGAUUCUCAGACUCCAGAUUGCUCCGAAAACACAACUGCAUCGAGAAAUGACAGAAAAGUUUAACAAUGUCAUGAAAAUGUUCAUUAAACAAGAAUAAAACUUCCUAAAAUGCGAUAAUAGCUUCAUGGAUAAAAAUGUCAAACUUUGAAAAUUAAAUAUUAAA